AAGAAACUUUUUGUUAUUAUUUUUUUCUCUUGGAUGAGGCGGUUUUAAAGUUAACUGUUUUGAAUCUUUUUAAAAGGUUGCAAAUUUUUAUAUCUAAUAUCUCUGUAUGAUGGAAAAUUUUAAUUUAGAGCUAAUUGUAUGAAAAUAUUUCAUUAACUUAUCAAUACUUUUUUUUGUUAAUUUUGCUGUAUUGUAGUUUAUUAGGCAACACUGCCUUUCAAUUCCUCCCGCCAAUUUUAGAGCGAGUAGUCGGAAUAUUUCGUGGCACCUUUUUAUCUUUUUAAAGCUAUAAUCAACUAUACAUUGUUUUUAUUCGUGCAUAGUUUUGAAGGAAUUCUGAAGUUGUAUCAUUACAUUGACUUCGAAUAGGGUUUAAAGGUCAAAAAGCUACUACAUCAGUGAUGGCAAAAGUACAUGUCUGUAAUGUUGUUGUACUUGAUAACCCAUCGCUAUUCUUUAAUCCUUUUCAAUUCGAAGUAACAUUUGAGUGUAUUGAAGAUCUGAAAGAAGAUUUAGAAUGGAAGAUUAUCUAUGUGGGGUCUGCUGAAAGUGAAGCUCAUGAUCAAGUUCUAGAUAGUGUAUUUGUCGGACCAGUUCCGGAAGGUCGUCAUAUGUUUGUAUUCCAGGCUGAUCCUCCUGACCCUCUUAAAAUCCCUGUUCAAGAUGCUGUGGGAGUGACAGUUGUCCUUUUAACUUGCUCUUACAGAACAAAAGAGUUCAUCAGAGUUGGUUAUUAUGUGAAUAAUGAGUAUGUUGACCCAGAAAUGAAAGAAAAUCCUCCUACAACACCUCAGUUUGAUAAACUGCAGAGAAAUAUUCUUGCAACUUCCCCCCGGGUGACAAGGUUCAAGAUAGAUUGGGAUGACAACCCCAGUAUGGAUGGCAUCCCAACACCACCUUCUUCUGCAGAAAAACAAAUGGAAAAUCCAGAUGACAGUAAUGGCCCUUUGAAACAAAUAUUUCAAGAGAGUAACCACAGUAUGGAGAUGGAAGUUAUGUGAAAACGACUGAUUAUUGGUUGAUUGAUUGCAUUGCUUUCUUUUAGUUUGUCUUUUAUAUUUUAAGCUCUGUUCAUUGUAUAUAGUCAAUAAAUAUUUUUCGUAUAAUUUAUUUAAAAAAAAA